AAGUUUCUGACAGUUUAAACAAUUUCUUGAUUCACAGCCACAACUCCAUCAUAAUUAUGUUUUUAGUUAAACCUCAGGAAGACAAAUAUACCUACCUAUUUUCACAUAAUUUUUCAAAGGUACGUGCAUAUACCAACCUAAUUAUGUAUACAUACCUAUUUAUAAAGGUAAAGUUUUUCAACUAAUUAGGCACUUUAACCUAAAUGAAAUGUUUCAUUUCCUUUACAUUAUCGACUUAUUUACCGUCAUGCUAUUGCUACCCACCUCUUAUUAAAUACCAACUUCCUGAUUUUGCGGAAAUUCAAUGCAACCACUGUGCAAUCAAAAUGCACCCGUCCUUUAUUUUUCAAUAUUUAUUCGAAACCAUGGUUGUAUGUAUCUAUCUACGUAUUUUCCUGUUACAAAAUAUAGAUAGGUACCUGUGUACUUUACCUAGGUAAGAUGUAAGGAACCACCCUGUAGGGUUACUGAUCCAGCUAGCUAGCUAGGUACCUACCUUUCGUGAUAGGAGCAUACAAUUCAAUUGACUAAUUACCGUUUGGAAAUUAACACAUGUCAACUAAGGAUCCUGCUGAAGGAUUGCUAUUUCUCUUCAUCUCCGCCACCAUUUACCUACCAUUGCUUACCACCAUUGCAUCUAUGUAUACCAACAUCAUCACCCACUUUCAUAGUUGGCUUCUAGGCGAAACUGAAAAUGAUGCAAAUUUAUCAGGACCAACUACAAAAAACAACAACAAGGAUCAGAUUCGGGAGAGAUGAAGAGGCAACAACGACUUUUGUCUACGAUUUAAGUCGACCAUUAUUUCCCAUCAUGAUUAUUGGCGUCCUCCAUUAAAACAAAAAAGAAAGAAACGAGAAACCUUAAAGCAAGAGGGAGACCGACAAAUCACUCACACUUCUGAACAAACUACACUACUACAAUUGCAUUUCAAUUGAACUAGUGUGUGUGGGGCACUUACACUCUUACCGUUCCUGGAAACUGGAAUUUGGAAUGGAGAGAGUAGAGUUGACUGUUCAAGGUACAGAGUUGUAUUGUGCGCAGGAAAAGAGAACGGCUAUACAACUUUCGCAAUUGCUUCACUUCCAGAUUCCAAAUUGAUUUAUGAAAACCACUACGUACAACAAGUGGCCACGCCUUCUUUUUAUUCAUUUCAACAUCAAAAUCGUUUGGAAUCGCCAGCAAACGGUGAAGGUGCGCCUCUCCUCUGGUUCCGGUGGUGGUAAGGUGGUUCUCAAAAUACGUUCCGAUUCAAACUUUUUGGUGCUUUUCUGACUACAAAUCUACGAAUUUUGAUUUUUUUUCGUCGACCUCGCUGACAGUGGUCGGCGUCGUGUGUCGUUUGUGUUUUUUUAUCGCCGCCGAUUGAUAUCAAAUGAUAUUAUGUGGAGUUAACCCGAUGAAGACGUUUUGAUGGCUAUCAAACGUGAACGAGUUAUUGCCAGUGACAAUCGCUCAAAACCGGUUUGCGUAUUAGGACGUGAUUGGAACGCCGUGUUUUGAUAUCGUAUUAGUCAGUUCCGUCAAGAGUUACAAAUACCUAUCUACCUAUCUCACGAGAUUUAAGUGAUAUUCGGCCGAGAGUGACAUUUAAUUAAGAAGAAGUGUCAAAAUACGGUGUAAUUUAUUAUUCUGGGUACUUUAUUUUUUAGCGACUCAGAAUUAGAGAAGAUAAAAGAUACCUAAUAGAUUUUUGUUUUGGUGGUGGCUGGUGGCGCAAUGCCACAACGAUCCCCAUUCGCGAUACAGGAACUGUUAGGAUUAAGUGAUUCGGCAGUGGCAGCCGCAGUAGCUGCUAGAAACAACAACAGUAGCAUCAUCAGUGGCAACAGCAAUAUUAUAAUCCGCAACAAUGAAGAAGCUAAUGGAAGCCUAUUAUCAACAAAGGCACCAAAUUCACCGCCUUGCAUGUCACCAUCGUCAUCGCGUUCGAACACAACGACGACAGCCACAGCGGCGGCAGUUACAGCAGCAGCUGUUUCGGCUGUUACACCGAGCUUAUAUACCAAUGUUGGACAAACGCCGUUUACGGCUGAUCGACAUCAUCAGAUGACAAUGGCUGCCGCAUCCCGGAUAGCAUACUUCAAUGCACAUGCAGCGGUUGCCGCUGCCUUUUUACCACACAAUAUGAGUGGCGCGGGCGGUAGCGUUGCAAACGGGGGCAGUGGUGUUGUUGCUAAUGGUGGAUCAAUGGUGGGUGCGGGUGCAAGUGGUGUUAGCGGGCAUCAUCAUCAUUUGUUGCAUCAACAAGGUGGGGGUUUCUCACAAUUAAAAUCAACAUUUGGAUCACCAGGAUCAUGCUUAACGGGUACACUGGAUACCAAAGAUUUCACAAUAGACGGCAUCAAUGGUUUUGGCAGCAAGAAAAAGAAAAAGAAACGACGACACAGCCGCACGAUAUUCACUAGCUAUCAAUUGGAGAAACUUGAGGAAGCAUUUAAAGAGGCACAUUAUCCUGAUGUUUAUGCAAGGGAAAUGUUAUCUCUCAAAACUGAAUUACCUGAGGAUCGAAUACAGGUUUGGUUUCAAAAUCGCCGUGCGAAAUGGCGAAAGACUGAAAAAUGCUGGGGUCGCAGCACUAUUAUGGCUGAGUAUGGUCUAUAUGGAGCUAUGGUCAGGCACUCACUACCCCUUCCUGAAACAAUAAUAAAGUCAGCCAAAGAGAAUGACGCAGUGGCUCCAUGGCUACUAGGUAUGGAGGCCAAAAGUAUGCAUCGAAAAUCCCUUGAAGCCCAAGAAGCUCUCAAAGAUGAAAGUGGGGCCAGCGAUCAAGAUGACAAUGCAUCGAAAUCAAAUGACGAACUAAUACACAUGACAUCCUCUUCAGAGUCUCUCAAUGUAGUCAGUCCACCACCUCCGCCACUAUCAUCUGCUGGUACAACAUCAACGGGAAAUUCCUCCUCGCCUUUAAAUCCUCACAUAGAUCUAGGAAGUCCGCCACAAGCACACACACCGCUUCAAGCUCACAUUCGGCAUUCGCCCCUGCAUCAUCACCAUCAUCAGCCACAGCAGCAUGCAGCUCAUCAUCUUCAUCAACAACAUCAUCAAUUGCAUCAUAACCACGGAGGGCAUUUGUUGGACACAUCUACAAACAAAGAUCUUCGUUUGCUCAUGAACUCAGCUGCUGGUAACUCUAUGCACCCAACACAUUUAUCUUGUAUACAUCACGGUGUUGGACCACCACCUCCACCACAUGCACAUUCACAUGGAGCACCUUCAGGCUAUAUGGAACAGGAUCCGGAGGCCUUUAGGUGGGUUAACAACUACAAUCGAGACCCGAUUUCAAUGAUACGGAAUAAUUCCAUCGCAUGCUUGCGGGCGAAAGCCCAGGAACACCAAGCCCGUUUGCUGAAUAGCGGACUCUUUCUUCAGGUACGCUCCUUAGCAGGACUCCAAAGUCCAGCUACUAGCAGCAGCGCAAGCUUAUCACCCCAACCCCAAAAUAACAACAACAGUUGUAUUAACAAUAAUAACAGCAUUAAAUGUGAUAUUCUUAAAAUUCAUGAUGAUGAUCAACUUUAUUCUUCGAAACGUAGCCAAUCUCCAGCAGAUAACCAAUUAUUAAAUUCCAAGCAUUCACAUACUGUAAAUUUAUUCUACCAAGAACCGCAUCAGCUUAAGAUCGAGCCACGUCACAGUUUGGAGUGUGGAUCGGAUAUAUGACGGACAAGCAACAACGAUGGGGCUUUCCAAAGAAAUUUUGUGAGCAACGAUAGAAACGAUGGUGGGUAGUAGCAAUAUACCGCUUGUUGUCUUUCUGCAUCUCAGAACUCGAAUUUAUUCUUCGGGGCACUAUUGCCAGUUUAAGCCUAGUACUCAGCUGAAGCGAAACGAAAUUUUUCAUACAAAAUUUCAUUAACGAAAUCUUGAACGAAAUUAAAUUUGUUUUGUUUUCGCUUUAAAACUUAUUUUCCGGUGUUUUUCUUGGAGUUUUUGAUUUGUAUUUGUAUUUUUUUUUUACUUUGCUAUAUCUAAUACUCGAUGGUAUUUUUCCGUUGACUUUGGAGACUUCAAAAUUUUUCGUUUCGCUUCAGCUGCGUACUAGGCUUUAACACCAAAAUCCAGCUAUCUCCAUUUGUCACAGUGCAUACAUUGUUAUAUAAAUUGCAACGAAAGACAUUCAGUAGGAAAUGUAAAAUAAACAGAAAACUUUGUCAGGGUUGCCACGGUUAUUUCUUGUUUACAUUUUCCUAUUUUGUUUUUUGUGUGUUUUUUUUUUUAAGUCACAUUAAACAUCCAAAUGCUAAUUGCUGUCUUUUAAAAAGGUCAUAAAUAUCAAAUUAAUUUUUAAAAAAUGGCUGCAAUCACUUUAUUAAAAAACCUCCAACUUCAAUAACUUUCGACUCAUACAUCGCAUGACUUUCAAAAAUAUACCAAAUUAUUGGAAAUUUGAUGGUCUAUAACUUUUAAUGUUUAAAGAAUUAUGUAGCUAAUACCUGGAAUGAUGAAAUCUUAAAAAAACCGAAAAAAAAAUAGAUUAAAACAACAUAACCUCAAAACUAUUGCAUACAGAAAAAUAAUGUAUUACAAAGAAAAAAAUAAUUAAAUUUCCAAGAACUUUGGUCUAAUAACCAUUUCUAUAGGACCCAUAGUUUUGGAGAUAUAGAGCGAUUCGCGUUUUCCAAAAUGGCGGAUUUCGCCAGGGGGGUGGCGUCCCGAAAACCAGGACUUAAGCUUUUCUAAUACUCCUCUUUCAGAUUUGAAAAAUACUAAAACUUGUUUAUUGAAUUUCUGUUUAUAUAAACAAUAAACAUCUAAGGUGGAAUAAUCUUACAAAAAUAUAUUUGACAAUUUUUCAUUUGGUACUACUCAAUUUUUUGUAUAUAAGUUUCGCAAUUGUUUUUACAGAUUGAGAGCACCAGUAGCGUAAAUAGCUUUCCGAUAUGAGGGGAGAUGGGUCUAGUUCGCACAUUUUUUUUAGUUUUAAUAACGCUUCUUUGUAGUGUUUUUAUUCUCUUUAAAUUGUAAAAAGUUCUUUCGGGAGUUGACGUUGAAACCGGCAGUGUAGCUAAUAUCUUUCUCCGGGGCAGCUAUCGGGCGCUUCCAAUUCCAAUGUGUUUUCUUAGAGGAAGUAUUAUUCCUUCGGAUCAAUUAUCUCUUCCGAGUCCUUAAUUCUUCACACAGAGAAAAAUGUGACUGCCUAAAAACUAACAGAUUGUCCUUGAACUGUUUGAAGACAGGUACGCAGCUCGCGCUAAAUUUUAGCUCCCAUACAAAUUAUCGAAAAACUUUAUCUGGGAUAAAAUGGAUCCCAUACAAAUUUAUCGAUAACUUGUAUGGAAAUUUUAUCUCGGCUAAAAUUUAGCGCGAACAGCGUACCAGGCUUUAAUGAAGAAACCUUAUUAAAAUCAACGAGAGUUGAAGUCUUCAGUUCGAUCCCCGACAUGAUCAUAUUUUGAAACAACAUUUAAAAACAAUAAGAAAAACACGAUUGUUUAAAUAAGAUUUCCUUCUUGGAUGAAAACCAGAGGGAAAUCAAGAAAAGAAGAUGAUCCGGCAGCCAAGUAUGUUUGGUAAAACUCAACAGUUUCAUAUAGAGCCGUUUGCUGAAUCGAAACUUAAGCAAUUAUUAGGUUUUGAACUAUUCUUUUGUCGCUUCACUUUUCCCUUAUAUUUAACGUCAAUGUCAAGGACUUCAGCUGUUUUUGUGCAUCUUCAAACACUUUCGAUAAUGAGCCGUCUUUUUCGCGUUUUAUUUUUAGUUGAUCCAUUAAAUCUUUGGCGAGAUCCAUAGCUUGGACCAAGUCUAAAUUCACUCUUUAAAACUCAGGACUUAGUGGCAACGAGAGUUGGUAACCAUAUUAAAAUAUUGCAAAUGGAGCUAGCUGGUUCUUACUUUAAGAAUUCCAAUGUAAAUAAUAAAACAAGAUAUAAUGUAUAUUCUGUUUGAUUUGAAUUAUUUUAAAUUGGUAAUUCAAAACCAAACAAAAUCGAGCAAAACUAGUAUAACAUGUAUAAAAGAUAUAGAUUUAACCAACGAAUUAAUUUUUAACUACAUAAAUCUAUUUCUAUAAUUUAAAUUUAAUGAACAUUUUUGAUCUCACAUAUAUUUAGUUUUAAGUAUAAAAUACAUAAAAAAAAUAUUUUUUUAAUUAAGAUAUCAAUUACAUACGUUAAAACUGUAUU